CGUUGUUCCGGACCGGUUUAUGUGGCGCACAGUUGAUGGCGGCCAGCAGACGUUUGUCUGUAAAUUGUUGGUGAAGUAUUGGUUUGUGAAGGUGCUGUUCGAAAGAAAAGCGUCUACUUCACAGCGAUCCAGUCAUGGGGAGAAGCAGGAGCCGAACACCGCCACGACGAGGUUUGAAAACAGAGAGACGGCGCUCGCGCUCGACGUCACGGGAACGCGAGAGGAGGCGCCGGGAGCGCGAAAGAUCCCGAUCACGUGACAGAGACAGGCGGAGGUCGCGCUCGCGCUCGCCUCACAGACGCAGAUCCAGGUCUCCCCGCCGCCAUCGCUCCUCCUCGCUGUCUCCGGGGCGGCAGAAAGACAGACGGGAUGACGACCGGAAGGAAGCCAAGGACAAACCGGCAAAGGUUCAUCAGAUAUCAGCUGAGGACAUGCAGGGAAAGACUGAGGAGGAAAUCGAGAUGAUGAAACAGAUGGGCUUCGGGUCCUUCGACAGCACUAAGGGCAAGAAGAAGGAGGGCUCUGAUGCUGCGUUCGAGGUGAACGUGUCGCAAAAGAGAAAAUACAGGCAAUACAUGAACAGGAAAGGUGGUUUCAACAGACCUUUGGAUUUCAUUGCUUGACGGAGCCGUCAGGAAGAACGUCUGAGCGACUUUGACACCUUUGUGAUUAAACGUAUAUUCCCUUUUCAUCCCGAGUUUAUGUAAAUAUGUUUUUCCAUCUGUGUUGUGUUUCAGUCGGUGGCUGUUAUGUAAUGAGUGCAGUUUCUAGUAGCUCGUUUUAGAAGGGUUUGACAUUGUGGAUUUUUCAUUUUGAAAACUUUUAUUUGAAAGCGCUGAAUAAAUGGGGACUCUUGA